AUGGCUUGCCAUUUGGAUCAAGCCUUUGUCAUAAGAUUUGAAGAGUGGAGGGCAUUAUACUUGUGUUCUAAUCCAAUUCCAAAAUUCAUUCACUUCACAUCCAAUGAGAUUCUGUUGAGGGCUUUUGAAGGAAAAGACAGGGUUCAUAUCAUAGAUUUCGACAUUAAGCAAGGGCUUCAAUGGCCUAGUUUGUUUCAGAGUUUGGCCUCUAGGACUAAUCCCCCUAGCCACGUUAGAAUCACUGGCGUAGGCGAGUCUAAACAAGAACUGAACGAAACAGGAGAUAGGCUUGCAGGUUUUGCUGAAGCAUUGAACCUUCCCUUUGAAUUCCAUCCGGUGGUGGACAGGUUGGAAGAUGUGAGGCUGUGGAUGCUUCAUGUGAAGGACAAGGAAAGUGUGGCUGUGAACUGUAUUUUCCAACUGCACAAGACUCUUUAUGAUGGCAGUGGAGGAGCCCUCAGGGACUUUCUAGGCCUAAUCCGGAGCACAAACCCCAGUAUUGUUCUUAUGGCGGAGCAAGAAGCUGAGCACAAUGAACUCAGCUUGGAAACAAGAGUUUCUAACUCACUGAGAUACUACUCUGCCAUAUUUGAUUCAAUUGAUUAUAGUCUUCCAUUGGAUAGCCCAGUGAGGAUGAAAGUAGAGGAGAUGUUUGCUCGGGAAAUUAGGAAUAUAAUUGCAUGUGAAGGAAGUGACAGGGUUGAAAGGCAUGAAAGUUUCGAAAAGUGGAGGAGGCGGAUGGAGCAAGGAGGGUUUCGAUGCGUGGGGAUCAGCGAAAGGGAAAUGCUUCAGAGCCAAAUGCUGUUGAAGAUGUACUCCUGUGAGAAUUAUAGUGUUUCAAAGCGAGGCCAAGAUGCGGCGCUUACCCUAAGUUGGCUAGAUCAGCCUCUUUACACGGUCUCAGCAUGGACUCAGGUGGAUGUUGCAGGCAGCUCUUCCUCUUUUUCUCUGCCAAGUUGA